ACUUCAUCGACCCUGUCUAUCGAGCUUCUCUCUUCCACUAUCCAUUGGCUUAAUAUUUCUCCUUACUGAUCAACUUGACCUUUAUGUCUGAAGCUUUGUCGCACCGUCGCUAAAAAGAAAAUGACUGCAGAAUCAGAGUUCCUACGCCCUCCAAGCUUGGGAUUCUUGUCGAUAGUGAUACGGAAUACGCGCCUGUUUAUCGCGAACGCUCGCAUUAUAAUCCUCUUCGCACGUUUCGCCUGCCGCCUGGAAAUGAGAGGCACUAUCAACAGCAGUAUGGAGAUAUGUAUUUCAUUCGACUGGCAAGGCUAAAGCCUGCCGUCGAACAAGUGGCGACAGAGAGUUGGGAUGGGUUCAGUAUUGCAGGAGAACAUGCGCGCCGUGUGGAACGAGUACUCGAUGUGAGACAAGGAGAGCUUUGCUGGGUUGCAGGAACUGUGUACAUGGACAUGCCGUUGAAACCGAAUAUCUUGGAUGACCUAACGAAAGAGCAUUUUACUGCCGUGCCGCCGCGACGUUCCACCUAUCUUGAUCCUUCGAAUGGGUCUUUAACGCAGGUUAUGUUGGAGGAUGAGUCCGGUCGUCUUCGUCUUACAGGGCCUCUUCUCUCAACCACUCAGCUCGUUACGGGCGCCAUUAUUGCUGUGCUAGGGACGGAAAAUGCGAGUGGAGAUUUUGAAGUCAUCGAUAUCAAGGUCCCGGAUUUGCCUAGGCAGCCUGCCAGGUGGGAGCGAGAUGGGGACAAGGAUAUUGACAAAGACAGGAGCAAAGGUAAAAUCGCUUUUGUUAGCGGUCUUGGUAUCACGGGAAGCUCCGGUGAUACUCUAGCUCUGGAACUUUUGACAGACUAUCUCCUUGGUUAUACCGGCCCCUCCGCAACGGAUGACGAGGCAUUACCACCCAAUGCUUCGAAGAUCACACGUCUCAUCAUUGCUGGGAAUUCCCUUGGCGCGGAUGUUAUUGAAGAGGCGGCAGCGUCUGCCACGCAAGCAGCGGUCUUUGCAAGGAAGAAGAAUGCAAAGAAGUACGGAUACGAUGCCUCGUCGUACAACGCCUCGCCCAUCACACAGCUCGACUCGUUCCUCGCAGAUAUCCUCCCUAGCAUACCCGUCACGCUCAUGCCGGGCGAAACCGACCCAGCGAACUACUCGCUUCCCCAGCAGGGAAUCCAUCGGGCGAUGUUUCCCAGAGCCAGGGCGUACUGUUCCGAGCCUCCAUCCGGUGAUGAAAUACCCGAACCGGGGUGGUUCGAUAGCGUGACAAAUCCAUGGGAAGGGGAUGUGGAAGGCUGGCGUGUCUGGGGUAGUAGCGGCCAGAAUGUCGAAGAUGUCCUCCGCUAUUUGGACUUUCCAGAUAAUGACCCAUCCUUCUUCCAGAAUGAAGAUAGCUCAGACGCAGGCUUACGAGUAAUGGAGGCCAUGCUACGAUGGAGAUGUGCAGUACCCACGGCACCAGAUACACUCUGGUGUUAUCCCUUCCAAACACACGAUCCAUUCGUUCUCCAAUCCUGCCCGCACAUCUUCUUCGCGGGUAACCAACCGCAAUUCAAAACCGUCGUGGUAGAAGGCGAUUUUCCCCUACGGUUAAAUGGAGCAGAUACCGAUAUGGCGGGUGCGGAUGAGGCCACGGCUAGCCCUCGUGUGCGUCUCCUGGCUAUCCCGAAAUUCAACGAGACAGGGGAACUCAUUCUAGUUGAUUCGGAAACGUUGGAAGUAGAAGUGGUCAAGUUCGGGGCGUUUGCGGGUAAGGAGGAUAGGAAGUAGUUGAUCGAUUCUAUUCUGAUACUAGUCUGAGAUAUGAUUGAUACGAAUUGUUUUAUUAUAUUAUAUUUGUAUUUUUAAUUUAUGAUAGAAGAGGUCUAUUUCAUCUUCAACUGUCAGAUUUCCUGAAUGCCAGGCAAAUACAAUACGGAGUAUAGAUGCCCG